AUGAAGCAUUUAUUCUGGUCAUAUGUACUGCUGAUUUUAUCUGUCUACAUUGCAAUGAUAGUUGCAGCACCAGAUAAAGGCGACAAAGGAGAAACGGGACCUCCUGGACCGGAAGGACCCAAGGGAGUCCAAGGAGACCUGGGUCCGACAGGUGACACUGGACCAACAGGACCUCCAGGAAGCGAUGGAGCAGACGGACCGCCAGGCACGAAGGGAGGCCGUGGAACUAAGGGAGCCAGAGGAGGAAAGGGUUCAGCCGGACUACAAGGACCAAGAGGAGCCACCGGACUAAAAGGAGAAAAGGGAGGAAAAGGUGUUCAGGGAACGCCAGGACAAUUUGGACGAGAUGGCAGGGAUGGACGUGCUGGACGGGACGGAGAUAAGGGUGAACAAGGAAAUACUGGCCCGAUAGGACUUACCGGACCAACGGGUAUGACUGGACCAAGAGGAGAUAUGGGAGACCAAGGAGAUACUGGACCAAAUGGAGACAAGGGCGAAAUGGGUUUUCUAGGACCACAGGGAAUAUUUGGAAGAGACGGGCGGAAUGGAGCCAAAGGAAAUAAGGGAGAACAAGGAUAUACUGGAAAAGAUGGAUAUUAUGAUUUACGUGUUCAGUAUGAUGGGAAGAAUGUACAAAAUAGAAGAUUCUACGAAGCUGACAAGUACAAUAUAAACAACGCUGUAAAAAAAUUCCUUCAUCAAAAGGAUCAGAACAGUAGACAUCCCUAUUGGAACAGAAGACCUUAA